AUGGCAUCAAGUGACGAAGAACUACCCCCAUCUAUUCUCGGCGUUGUCAAUAAUCUUGAUCUGUUACCGGAAAAAUCAGCAAACAGGAACCAAUACGACCAAUUUACUCCGCCAACACUGAAACAGGAAAAGGGUGAUGUUAAUGCCAGCGGUACCAUUGCGGACGUCAGCUCACCAGACAGCUUACCCGAUUUUGAACGACCAGCCCCAAGAAAAAUCGAUGAAUAUAUCAGAGCAGAGCUACCGUAUCUCAGCAAGAGAGCUACGGUGGCUUUGCUCAGCUGUUUGGGAUUUAUAAUUAUGUUUGGAAUGAGAACUAGCAUGAGCCUUGUCAAAAUCAAAUUCCAGAACAACACUUGGACCCCGGAAACACUUUCAGCUGUCGACGCUGCCAUCUUCUGGGGUUAUUUCGUGACACAAAUCCCCGGUGGCCUAAUAGCGGCAGCGUAUCCAGCCAACAAGUUAUUUGGAGCUGCAAUUGCAUCUUCUUGUGUUCUUAAUCUUAUUAUUCCUGCUGUUUAUCAAAAACCGGACGUUCUUAUCGUUGUUAAAGUUAUGCAAGGUUUAGUAGAGGGCGUUACCUAUCCAGCAUGUCACGGUAUAAUGAGAUACUGGGCCCCUCCAUUAGAAAGAUCCCGUCUAGCAACCCUUGCCUUUAGCGGUUGUUAUGCAGGGGUUAUGUUCUCAAUGCCAAUUUCUGGUGAACUUAUAGAGCACUUCGGACCUCUAGCUCCGUUCUACUUUUACGGGAUAAUGGGUAUAUUUUGGUAUCUUUCCUGGCUUUGGUUAGUUUUUGAGAAACCAGCGUAUCAUACAUGUAUAGAUAUCAAAGAAUUAGCCUUCAUAGAAAAUUCUCUAGAUACUGCACACCAACACUAUGUGGCUCCAACUUUAACUAAUACACCAUGGAAAUCAUUUUUCACAUCACUUCCUUGUUAUGCCAUCUUCGUAGCGAAUUUCUGCAGAUCUUGGAAUUUUUAUUUACUAGUUUUAUUUCAACCGUCCUAUUUUCAAGACAGUUUUCAUUCAGGAAUGACGGAGAACGCUUUAUUGGGAGCAUUACCACAUUUGUUGAUGACCAUAAUUGUUCCCACUGGAGGAAUUUUGGCAGAUCGUCUAAGGAAAAAAGGGAUACUGACCACAACUCAAGUUAGAAAACUUUUUAAUUGUGGAGGAUUUGGAAUGGAAGCUACGUUCUUCCUUAUAAUGGCCUAUUCCCAUACGAUAACCCAAGGAAUGACAGCUCUUUCAAUAGGAGUUGGUUUCAGUGGAUUCGCCAUAUCUGGUUUCAACGUCAAUCACCUUGAUAUUGCCCCAAGAUACGCCAGUAUUUUAAUGGGAAUGUCGAACGGUAUAGGAACCAUAGCCGGGGCGAUUGUACCAUAUGUAGUUCAUCUUAUAGUAAAACAUAAGAAAAAAGAAGAAUGGAGAAUAGUUCUUAUAAUAUCAGCCCUUGUCCAUUAUUCAGGAAUUUUAUUUUAUGGGUUAUUUGCCUCAGGAGAACUUCAAGAAUGGGCAGAUCCAAAAUUUGAAGAAGAAAAGCAAUGGAAUCAAAUGAAUGAAGCCAUGCCAAUUAAAAAACCACCCCCUCAAAAUGGAUUAGUUCAACGUCAAUCCAGCAACGCCUCCAACUACGGAUCCGUGGAAACACCUCUUCCGCCGCGGCCUCCAAGACCUCCAUCGCUAACAUCUCAAACGUUCCCGCAAGAAACAACUGUCGAAUCUCAACCGGAGGUACCCAUGGUUCCCGCCGGAAAUCCCUUCCGGUCAUCUUCAAAUCCGUUCCGGCAAGAACCCGUUCAACCAACGGCUCAAGAUCAGUAUUUACACGGCUCCAUCACUGAUAGGACGUAUUAGAACUACGUUGGGUUCGCGGUUAUUGAAUGUUUUCUUGGAAGAUAUAUAUGAAUGUUUAAAAAAUGUUUGAUUUGGUAUGUUAUUGUUAAAAAAAAAGAUUGUUUGUAUAGUACACCUAAAAUAUGUACCUAGAACAUUUAAGUCGGUUUAAAGUUGAGUUCAGAUUCUACAUAUUUAUAGUCAUAUGAUUUGUUAAAAAAAUCAAAGACCAUUAUUCAUACAACUCAAAUUUGAAUUUUUUUUCCAAAAUACUGAUUUUUUUUCUUUUAUUGUUGAAGAAUAAUAACACGUAAAAAUUUUAUUUUGAGUUAAGCUACUAAAUAUUAUUUUUACAUAUAGUUUACUAACUUCUAUACAAAAGUGUUAAUAUUGUUUUUCGUACAGUGGCUAUUUGUG